GCAGGGCGGGGCGCCUGGAUGCGGGUACCCCAGUACGGUGCAAUCCUUCAGGGGACGCCGCGCAUCUGCCUCUCGGCUCCUCUCCAUUUUAGUACCAAAUCUUACGGAGUGGGCGCAACCCUGGGUAUCCAGAGUUUGGUUUUGCUCGCACCUAUGGGCGCCUUUCGCCCUUGGCCCUUAUGUUUGGCCCGGAAGUUGCGAGCGCCCGGGAAAGGGCCGAUCCGGUUUGUGACCCGCCGCUGCGGGGACCCCUUGCAGGCCAGCCCCGCCAAGAAGUCAUGUGCGGGACAGGACGAGCCCGGCACGCCGCCCUCUUCUCCUCUGAGCCCGGAGCAGCUGGUCCGCAUCCAGAGGAACAAGGCCGCGGCCCUGCUCCGACUCGCGGCCCGCAAUGUGCCCGUGGGCUUCGGGGAGAGCUGGAAGAAGCAGCUCAGCGGGGAGUUCGGGAAGCCGUAUUUCAUCAAGCUAAUGGGAUUUGUUGCAGAAGAAAGAAAACAUUACACUGUUUAUCCACCCCCGCACCAAGUCUUCACAUGGACCCAAAUGUGUGACAUAAGAGAUGUGAAGGUUGUCGUCUUGGGACAGGAUCCUUAUCAUGGACCCAGUCAAGCUCACGGACUCUGCUUUAGUGUCCAAAGACCUGUUCCACCUCCGCCCAGUUUGGAAAACAUUUACAAAGAGCUUUCUACAGAUGUAGAUGGUUUUGCCCAUCCUGGCCAUGGAGAUUUAUCUGGGUGGGCCAAGCAAGGUGUCCUCCUCCUCAACGCCGUCCUUACUGUCCGCGCCCAUCAAGCCAAUUCUCACAAGGAGAGAGGCUGGGAGCAGUUCACCGACGCAGUUGUGUCCUGGCUGAAUCAGAACUUGAACGGCCUUGUCUUCUUGCUCUGGGGCUCCUAUGCUCAGAAGAAGGGCAGUGCCAUCGAUAGGAAGCGGCAUCAUGUCCUGCAGACUGCCCACCCCUCCCCGUUGUCCGUGUACAGGGGGUUCUUUGGAUGUAGACAUUUUUCCAAGGCCAACGAACUGCUGCAGAAGUCUGGCAAGAAGCCUAUCAACUGGAAGGAGCUGUGACUGGAGGACAGGAGCUGUCUUGAGGAGCUGCUAUUGAGCUAUUUUAGUUAUGAGGUCAUUUAAAUUUUCCCUGUCAGUACUGUGUAUAAGGAGAGAAGCUUUCAGAAAGCAGCCAGGAACCAGGCAGCUGGGGGGAAAACAGCUUUGUCCAGCCAGAAACAACGGGUCCUCUUGACCACUCUGUUUGAGCAACUCCCUCCCAGGCACAGGCAGCUUGGUCUAAAAGCCACAUGCUUCUUACAAGAGAUAUGAGAUCAAAUACUCGGUUCUCUCCACUUCCUUUCUUUUGUGGUUAAAGGGGGAGAAUCGCACCUUUUUUUUGGCCCAGCAAAAAGUUUGGCACCUGCUGCUACUCAUUUUUACCUGACAGGUUAGAUUUUCUAGGUCCUAGGGCAUGGGGUGUUGUUUAGAAAGGUCCCCUCCAACUGUCAAGGCAGACUUGGGCUUAAGCAUUCCUGAUUGUGGUAGCAGGAACUGUGGAAGGCUUCAUACAGGCAGGCAGAAGAAGCAACUGUCUUUGUCUUGUCUUUUCCUGUGUGCCUCCUGGAAUAAGUGGUGGAAGUUGACUGAAGAGGAGGAAAGAGGGUUUUUUAUUGUGUUGAGGGGUGGGUAUUUUCCUAGGGCUGUACAGAGUUGGAAUUUUUA